AUGCUAUUUAAUAAAGUUACUUCGUUCGCUUUAGCCUCUUUAUUAGCAGGUUACGCUACAGCUGCUGACUUGCCAGCUAUUGAAGUUGUUGGUAACAAAUUUUUCUAUUCCAACAAUGGUUCUCAAUUUUACAUGAAAGGUAUCGCUUACCAAGCUGACACUGCCAAUGUCACCAGUGGUUCCUCCAUCAAUGACCCAUUGGCUGAUUUCGCAUCCUGUUCAAGAGAUAUCCCAUACUUGCAACAAUUAAGUACAAAUGUCAUCCGUGUUUACGCUGUUAACACUACUAUGGACCACUCCCAAUGUAUGGAUGCUUUGGUCGAUGCAGGUAUUUAUGUUAUUGCUGAUUUGUCUGAACCAGAUGCCUCCAUUAACAGAGACAGCCCAGAAUGGACCGUCGAAUUGUUUGAUCGUUACAAGUCCGUUGUUGACAUGUUUGCUAACUACACCAAUGUCUUAGGUUUUUUUGCUGGUAAUGAAGUCACCAACAACAGUACUAACACACCAGCUUCUGCUUUUGUCAAAGCUGCUGUUAGAGAUACUAAAGCCUACAUCAAGGAAAAGAACUACAGAUCUAUUCCAGUUGGUUACUCCUCCAAUGAUGACGCUGAUACUAGAGUUGCAAUUGCUGACUACUUUGCUUGUGGUGACAGUGAUGAAAGAGCUGAUUUCUAUGGUAUCAACAUGUACGAAUGGUGUGGUAAUCAAAACUUCCAAAGUUCUGGUUAUGCUGACAGAACCAAGGAUUUCCAAAACUUGACUGUUCCUAUUUUCUUCUCUGAAUACGGUUGUAACUUAGUUCAACCAAGACAAUUUACUGAAGUUCAAGCAUUGUACGGUGCUAACAUGACUGAUGUUUGGUCUGGUGGUAUUGUUUACAUGUACUUCGAAGAAACUAACAAUUAUGGUUUAGUCUCUAUCGUCAAUGAUAAAGUCUCUACUUUAGCUGAUUUCAACAACUACUCUAAACAAAUUCACAGUAUUUCCCCAUCUUCUGCUAACACUGCUUCUUACACUCCAACUUCUACUUCAAUGGCUUGCCCAGCUACCGGCAGAUACUGGAAAGCUGCUACUGCCUUACCUCCAACUCCAAACAGUGGCUUAUGUUCCUGUAUGGAUGCUGCUAACUCAUGUGUUGUUGCCGAUGACGUCGAUUCUAAAGAUUACCAAGAGUUAUUCAACUAUAUCUGUGGUGAAAUCAGCUGUGAUGGUAUUUCUUCUAACGGUACCACUGGUAAAUACGGUGCUUACUCUUUCUGUAGUGACAAAGAAAAGUUGAACUUUGUUUUGAACUUGUACUACCAAAAUAAUGGUGCUGUUUCUUCUGCUUGUGCAUUCAGCGGUUCUGCUUCUGUUAAAUCUGCUACUACUUUAUCUGUUUGUUCAUCUGCUUUGGAAGCUGUUGGUUCCGUUGGUACUAACAUCUACACUAGUGACAUUUCUAUGGCUUCUGGUUCUUCCACUUCAUCAUCUUCUUCUGCCAAGAACAGCUCCAAAUCUAGUUCUCGUUCCAACUCAUCUGGUUCUAGUUCUUCAAGUUCUAGCUCUUCUGCUACUUCUACCAAGUCUAGUAAGAAUGCCGCUGGCUCUUCAUUCAAAGUUAACAUGGCUCAAGUUAUGUUAUCUUCCUUUGCUACCUUUGCUGUAGCUGCUGGUUUAGGUUUCGCCCUAGCCUAG